GGUAAUGUUAGUAAGGGGCGUCUAUUUAUGGAUAAAUAAAACCAACGGUCAAAUGUACGUUGGGUCUUCGAUCAACCUGCGCUCUAGGAUGAAGCAGUACUUUUCUUUAGACCAUGCCCAUGGUAUCAUUGGGCGGGCCUUACGGAAAUAUGGUUUAAACGGCUUCGUUUUAGUACUCUUCUUGUUUCCUAGUGCCGCAACCUCCCUGUUGCUUGCUCUGGAGCAGAGUGUCCUUGAUGGUUGUAUAUGUGGUUAUAACAUUAACCCUACUGCAGGGUCGCCUGCUGGAGCAAAGCACACUGAUGAGGCUAAAGCCAAAAUGGCUGCUGCGAAGAAGGGGAAGACCUCACCUCGUAAAGGGAAGAGCCACUCGGACGAAGCUAAGACCAAGAUCUCUACUAGAUUCUUUGCAAAGUUAUUGGUGGUCAUGGCAGCCUUGGACUCUGGCUUCUUGUUCUUAGCGUUAUUAGCUAUUCUUGUAUCUGUUAUAUCUGCGGGGCUCUACCUUAGAGUUAUUCGAGUAUUAUUGUUCGUUGAAGGUAACCCUCUCGGGCGGUCCCGGGGCGACACGGUUGCCGCCCGGGAUCCCUCCGCAUCGCUAACCCUGGGCCCUUCAUUGCCAUUGUUAUCCCCGGCGGGCCACUCUGCUUCCGAAGUUAACCCUCUAAUUUCCAUGCUGAUUGCUACUUUGACCCUUAUUAUUAUUCUGUUCCUAGCUAAUCCUUAUGCUUCAUUAAACUCCCUGCAUCUUAUAGCUCUAUGCUAUUACUACUGGCUAGCUGUUAAGAAGCCAGAUCCAGCCAAACUUAGCCCCUACGAAUGCGGAUUCAGCGUUUCAGGUACAGCACGGCAGAAAUUUCAUGUUUCAUAUUUUCUGGUAGGCAACCACUACGCACAAGACACCGCCAGUCGUCCGGGGUGUCCAGCCAAAGCCAGAUUACUCAAGAGUAAACCGGGCAAUACCGUAUUCGAAUUGCUAAACCGGAGGUUGGCCUUCUAUGAUGCGGUAUCGAGUUGGACUCUAGAGAAAAAAGGGCCCGCCCGGGCUAGUUCCCCCGCUGCUCUGGAGCUCCGUCUCCGCCCUGGCUCCUGGUCUACCCCGUCCAGGACGGAGCAGGGGCCCGGGCUCCGUCGCAACUUCGUUGCGAAGCGAUGCCGAAAGGCAUCUAGUAGUUCCUCGCCGGAGGCCGGGUCGGGCGUCCCAGAGAUAGAGCCGAGCCCUCGGGGAGAGGAAGGGAGAUUGGCCUUGAACCAGAUUGCCCUCUGA